CCAGCCCUGGGGCAUUUUUGCAGAAAUACACAAAACGUGUAGAAUCGCUUAAUUCCAUCCCCUCCUAACCUCUUCACAUGGAAAUUGGCUACUCGGGCACAUGCUGUUUUUCUCCCAGGCCGUGUGUCAGGGGGGUUAUUAACACUGGCUCUUGCAGCCCGUUCCUGGGCCAUUUGGGAUGUGCACGCGUUCACACCAGCACUCGGCCCGCGGCGCUUUCACGCGUUGCCGUUUUGUUUAUGUGGAGCGAGGGCAGCCGGGGUGCGAAGGUCUGAGAGCGCAGCGGGCCGCGAGGACUAGAUAAAGGCUGGCUGCGACACUGAAGCUGUCCCGCUGCCAUGGACCCGGCGGAGAGCGCUGAGCGCGCGCACAGCCCAGGGUGCCCACCACCGCGCAGCCUCUGCCCGCUACCGCCGCCUGAGCAUCCCGGGUCGGAGGACUUCUGGAGACCUUGGCUUAGAACCUCUGGCGAGAGAGAGGAGCGGGCGGAGCAUCAUGCUGCAGAGGCGUUGCCCACUGGCCCUGGAGUGACUGAAGCCUCAGGGAAGCUUUCGCAGUACAAACAUCCUGUCAGACUGUUCUGGCCCAAGUCCAAGUGUUAUGAUUACUUAUAUCAAGAAGCAGAAAUUCUUCUGAAAAAUUUCCCAGUUCAAGCUACAAUUUCAUUUUAUGAAGAUUCUGAGAGUGAAGAUGAAAUUGAGGGGUUGGCCUGUGAAAGUCAAUCUAAUUAGUUACUUCUGGUGACAACUGAGUUGCGUAGGAUUUGAAUUUUUUUGUAUAAAUGUAUCAUAAGUUUUAAAACUAAUUUAUUUGUAUAAAUUGUUAAUAAAAAUUUUGUAAUCAG